CCCCUUCAAUCCCCCCCGCAAAUUUCCCUCUCUUCAUACAUGAUCAUAUACUUGAAAGAAAAAUACUCCAUUUCUCUAAUUUCAUUCUUUGUUUUCUUGGACAUUUUCACAAACACUUACUGAUUGUAUUACACGAAACGUUUCUUUUUCUUUAAACGUUUCCGAUAUGGCGAGACCACAACAAAGGUAUCGUGGCGUUCGACAACGUCAUUGGGGUUCUUGGGUUUCUGAAAUUCGUCAUCCUAUAUUGAAAACGCGUAUUUGGUUAGGGACAUUUGAAACGGCAGAAGAUGCAGCACGGGCUUAUGAUGAAGCGGCCCGAUUAAUGUGUGGGCCUAGGGCCCGGACUAAUUUUCCUUACAAUCCAAAGGCUCCACAAACUUCUUCAUCUAAAAUUCUUUCAGCUACACUAACGGCUAAGCUUCACCGUUGUUAUAUGGAGUCAUUACAAAUAACUAAGAAUUCAGCAAUGCAGGCCCAACAAAGAGUACUAAGCCCACAAUUCCCUGGGUCGGGUACGGGUAUUAACCCAAAAUUUGUCGAUUCGGGGUCUUGGUCUCCCGACUAUGGGCCCACAAAAGGACCAGUAAUAACUAGUCCGGACCCUAAUUGGACAAUGAAAAUCGAGAAUACCCAAUUUGAACAUGAACCGCAACAAUUACAAUUACAAUAUACUCCCUUAGAGGAGCAUCAUAUUGAGCAAAUGAUUGAGGAAUUGCUUCAUUAUGGCUCAAUUGAAAUUACAAUUUAAUUACCUAAGCUUGAUAAAAAUUUAUUUAAUUAUACUAAAUUAAGAAGGGAUCAUAUUAAUUAAUUAUUACUUCUAAUUAGUAGCACUUAAUUGGCUUUAUUUAGGCCAAUAGUCUCGUGCCGGGUGGCACUUUUGGUCCUGUGUUGGGAAAAAAGUUCAUAGCCAACCGGCCUUCUUUUAUUUAUUCCUUUGGCCACAUUAUUUUUUUUCAUAUUAUUUUACUAGUUUAGUUAAUUUAGUUUAAUUAUAUUCAAAUUAUGUGCUAAUUAUAACCCAAAUUUAUAAGGUGAUAUGUUAGAGCUACAUCUUCUAUAGCAUAAUUUCUCCCUUUUUAUUUUUAUUUAUCAGCUUAACACUUUCUCUAUUCUUGUAAAUUUGCUACAUUUUCUGUUUGAAAUGUAAUACUUAUUUUGUUGCAUUUCUAUAAUUAUAAUUUAGACCAUAAUUAUUUAUUAUAUUUUACAAUAAAUUAAUUACUUAUUUUCAUUUUAUUCAAAAAUUUUCUUCCUAUUACUUUUCUCUUCUACAUAUAUUUAGUUUAUUGGCAAAUUUACAAUGAUAGAGAAUAAAGUAGAGGUCAAAGGAUGCAUAUGUAAAAAUUAUAAUGUACUUGUUCUUAAGUAUUCCUUGAUAAAAGUAUAUGACAAUAUAUUUUAAAUGUAUAAUAAAGAAGUGUAUUAAGAUUCAA